UGUCAAAGAUGGCUGCGCUCAGGGGCAGAGUGGUCACAGGAUGUCUUACAACAUGUUUCUUUCGUCAAACAAGCACAGCGAGCAUUUCCACUGUUCCUAUUGUAAUUACACGUAACAAGUGGUAUAUACCAAGAUCUCAUCUUCACACUCUCAGAGGAAGUAGAGGUCCAUUGGUUACGGCCUUUGUUGGGUGUCACAACCAUGGACAGUUCCUGCUAGGCAGUGCUGUGGCAGUCAGACACAACAGCUCGCAGGCUGCCGAAACAGUUCAAACUGUGUCCACUCCCAGUGAACUGGUAGGAGCUACUGCAUCAGUCCCAGUCUCCAUUCCAACUCCUAGUGCUGACCCUGCUCUAGCAGUCACACCACCAAUUACAGAGCAGGUUGCUGAUGCUCCUCUUUCAGCAUUAGAUGUCCUGCAGGGGGUUGGUGCUGAUCCCAGCCUAGCAGAGCUUGGCCUGGGCAGCAGCACACCUGUGGGCUUGAUCCAGAAUCUGCUUGAGUUUAUGCACGUUGGCAUUGGACUACCGUGGUGGGGUGCUAUUGUUGCAGGUACCAUUAUUGCUCGGUGUGCUGUGUUCCCGGUCAUUGUGAAGGGACAGAGGGAAGCGGCCAAGCUGAACAACGUCUUGCCAGAAAUGACCAAACUCACCAACCGCAUGAAUGAGGCCAAGCAGAGCGGGAACAAGUUUGAUUUUUCAAAGGCGUACACCGACUUGAUGAUGUUCCAGAAGAAACAUGAUGUAAACCCUUUGCGUGGGUUCCUAGUGCCCUUGGUUCAGGCUCCAAUCUUUAUCUCUUUCUUCAUUGCCCUGCGUAAAAUGGCGUAUCUGCCUGUGCCCAGUUUGCAGACUGGUGGCCUCUGGUGGUUCACAGAUCUUACAGCAUCUGAUCCAUUUUACAUUCUCCCUAUUGCUGUGACUGGUACUAUGUUUGCCAUCCUAGAGUUGGGAGCUGAGUCUGGUGUCGACAACCCUAACCUGAGGGCCAUGAAGACUGUCUUCAGAAUCAUGCCCUUGGUCAUCCUCCCUAUGACGAUUAACUUCCCCACAGCUGUGUUUACCUACUGGAUGACCUCUAACCUCUUCUCGCUGGGUCAGGUGGCCCUGCUGAGGCACCCGGCAGUGAGACAGAAGUUCCGCAUCCCAGAACGCAUCACACAUCCACCUUCAGCCCUGCCUAAGAAUGAAGGUUUCUUUGAAACUAUCAAGAAAGGAUGGAAGAAUGCCCAGUUGGCUCAGCAGCUGGAAGAGAGAGAAAAGAGAAUUAAAGGACAUCUUGACAUGGCAGCCAAAGGUCCCCUGAGGCAGACUUUUACCCACAAUCCCCUGCAGCAGUCAGCAGCACCAAUGUCGACAGGAAAAACAAGUAGUCCUAAGCAAGAUGAUAAGAAAAGGCCCUGGGAAGAGACGAUAGGAUAAAAGCUACAUGGAGAAUUGUGCGCU